UGCUGGGGGGAGUGUGUGCCCCUCCAGCAGGGAGAGCAGCUAUUUUGAAAGUGACCCUUCAUUCAGGCAGCGACCGUGCAGCUGUCAGGAACCAUGACUGAAGAUGACGGAUUCUGUUGUCGUGGAGGGAUAUGCCAGACUCAGAGAUGGAAAAAAGUGGAAAACUAGGUGGCUCGUUCUUCGCAAGCCGUCGCCUGUAGCAGACUGCCUAGUGCUGCUGGUUUUUAAAGACAAAUCCGACAAAGCUCAGGGCAACAAGGAGAGGGCGAGUGUCACCUUGGAGGAGAUCUGCGGAGUGGAAGCGGGACAGUGGUUUGAAGGUGUGGCUUUCACCAUCACCAUCCUCUGCCUGAACCAGACUGCUCUACUGGGCUUUGACAGCAAGGAGGCCCUGCAGGCGUGGGACGCCCGCCUACGAUACAGCCUCGGAGAAGUCCACAGAUUCAGUGUUGGAGUCUUACCAGGGACCAAGCUGGAGAGCGGGCCUGCGACUCUUCAUCUGUGCAACAACCUCCUGGCUUUAGCCCGGGACGUCCCGCCUGCUAUCAUCGGCCACUGGAACCUUCCAGACCUGCGCAGAUAUGGACCCGUACCCAACGGAUUUGUGUUCGAGGGAGGGACGAGAUGUGGAUACUGGGCCGGUGUGUUCCUGCUCGCCUCUGCUGAGAGCGAGCAGAUCAGCUUUCUAUUCGACUGCAUCGUCAGAGGCAUCUCCCCCACCAGAGGCCCGUUUGGACUGCGGCCAGUCCUGCCAGACCCCAGUGGCAGUCAGGCGAAUUCGGAGGAGAAGUUAAACCAUGAGGCCCAGGAGCUGGAGAAACGGCUGAGCAUGCUCUCUCACCGGAGCAGCACAGCAGUGUCGUACUGCGCGUCUGCCGGGGGGGACGACCGCAGCAUAUCCGGUUCCUCGGACGCGUCAGACACCAGCCAAUCAGACUGCAGCAUCAACAGCCGGAUGGCCAUUUGGACAGAGCCGUCCUCCGUCCCGACUGACAGCGUUGGCCACGCGGGAUCUAAACUGGCAUUACAGAGCAUCGAGAAGCUCUCCGUCAACCAGGGGGGUGUGAGCCGGCCCGCCACCAAGCCCCCCCGGCAGCUCCAGGAGAUCGGCCGGCAGAGCUCCUCCGACAGCGGCAUCGCCACCGGCAGCCACUCCUCCUACUCCGGGAGUUUCUCCUCCUACACAGGCAGCCUGGACAUCGCCCCCGGGGAGGACUUCGGCUCUGUUUUCAGCCUGCCUCCCCACCUGGCUCAAGACCUGAGCCCCUGUACUUGCACCACGGCCAUACCAACCGGACCAUACCAAACCCCUUCAUCUCUGAGGUAUCUGUACGACAGCCCCAGGAGUGUAUUACAGGAGGGGAGUGGGGGGGCCAAAGACAAUGAGCCCUCCAUGCUGACUAAGGACACUCCUGCCUCUCAGGGCCUCACAGACUCAGCUCAGGGGGGUGAAAGCAGCACCCUGACCUCUGAGGGUCACUCAGAAGCCCCUGACACACAGUCAGCCAGUGAACAGAUAGACGGCCCCUCGGAGGAGGGUAGGAACACCAAGGGGACGCCCACCAGUGACACAGCCGCCCCCAAAACCAUUGUGACAAUCUGCUCCGUUUGUGGCGGAUUUAAGGGAACCCAGUACAUCCCUGUUAGUGGUUCAGCGGUGCCUGCCAUACCAGCAGAUCAAAGUGUUGACAAAUCACUAUGCAGUGAACGCACACGCGCUGCGAGGGAAAGUCUGGAUAAACGCUGUGCCUCUCCUGGCUCUGGAAGCAUCCGCAGCUCGGCAUUGAGGACGAGCAAGGAGGCACCGCUGCCAAGAAAGGGAAGAGAGAAACUAGCCAGUCUGCUCGCUGAGCUGUUAGGCUUUCCAAGCUCAGAGAGGCAGCCGGAGGCCACGACUAACAGCCUGAACCUGUAUGAGUCGAUGAGCCCUAGAUUUGGAAAUGAGCUCAAAUGGGCCCCAACUGGUCCCUGUGUCCCGGUACAAGAUCCAGACAAGAGAGAGGCCAUCUAUGAAAACUGUUUCAAGUGUCGAGCAGACCACUGCCACCCUCCUCCACGGGUCACGCCUGCUGAAAUGUUCCCAAAAAGGAGCAUUUUAACUUCUCAAACGUUUCCAACCGGCCUGCACCUGAAGAGAAGCCAACAGGAAGCAGCUGCUGAUGAGGAAGCGCUCCAUCAGGCUCCCAGCGUCCGAUCACACAGUCAGCCUACAGAGAUACAGGUUCCCCAAGUGGCCAGUGAAGACAAAAGGCUUAACAGCAAAGAGGAGCGCCGCAGAGCUGAUCCUGCUUAUGAGCUCAUGGAGAGCCGGGCGCAGGAGAGGAGCUCUGAGGCAGAAGAGAAAAGCAAGUACGAGCUGAUGGGCAGCUACGGUCAGCAGAGGCUGCUGCACGAGACAGAAGGUGCCGUGUUUGUUUUCCCCCCCGAGGCAGCGCUUCCUGAAAGGCUUCGCAGUGAAGGUGUGACAUAUGUCAAUAUUCCCGUUAGUCCCACCUCCAAGAAGCAGCUCAACUACAUGGAGCUGGAGCUGCAGGAGCCGGGCCCCGGCCUCCGAGGGACUGUCACACACCUCCCCCCUCAGAGAAAGUCCUCCAGCAAGUAUGCUCAGAUUGACAUCACGGCCACAGAGACGGCUCACAAAGUGGGAACGCAGCACGCGCUGGGCCGGCAGGAGGGCCUGCACACACUGGAGCUCAGGAGGAAGGGGACACCACAUUGAUUUCUUCAUCACUCAGCGGUUGAUCCCAGAAGAGCUUCUUCUGCCCAAGACCAGCAAACCACAUCAAACUCUAAAGUCUGCAGAUCCUCCAAGGUUUACUGUGGAAAUGUAUUCUCUGUUCUGUCCCUGGGAGCCCCUUCAUCCACUCUACACAUCAUGUACAAUGUCCAUUUUCCUAGAAUUACACCUGCCUGUCACAGAGCAUCUUGAGCCUGUUUUUUUGCUGCAGCAACUUUUCAAUAUACUCUCAUUGUGGACUAAGCGUCUCAUUAGACGGUGUCGUGACGUUCCCGGAGCCUCAGGAUACCUUUGGGAGAUGUGCCUUUAUAAGCUGAGUCACAGGCCCCCAUAAUUCCUAACUCAGGACAUCCCUAAUAACAUGCUGUUUUUGUUUUUUAGAAAGAGGCAGAGUGUUGUUGAGUAAAACCACAUCACAUAUUCGUCAUAGUCAGGGAAACUUUGCGUCUGCAUAAUACAUCGUGCAGGGUGACAAACAAUUAGUGUGUAUCAGAGGAACAGAAUCUCAAAGCUGCUUUUGUUUUUCUCUCUGCUUCACACUUAUAUGGAGUAGGAUUUACUCAUAAGUGAUGCAGUGUAGAGAAGCCGGUAAAAUCACUCUACACUAAAUGAAUCCCAGAAUACUGUGUCUCUGCCAUUAUUGGUCAAAGUUAUUACAAAUGUUACAAACUAUUUUUUACUCUGACGUGGUUGAAAUCAUAUUAUUAUUAUUCCUAAUUUUGUGUGCGCACAUAGGCAAUUUGCUGACAUUUCUAAUAAAAAACAAGAUAUAUAGAAUGUGUUUGUAGAUUUAUUUAGUCUCCUGAUUACAGCUGUUUUGAUAUCUGUAAAUACACUUUCUUUCCAUUCUGGUGAUGUGGAUUGUUCUAAAAUAUACAUGUAAAGACAUAAUGUAUGUACAGAAAAGAUCUAUGAAAAGAGUUCAAGGACAGUGCUUUCUUCCUAAGGCACUAUAUCUUUCUUGUAAUACUAUUUUAUUCUUGUAAAUUAUUUAAAACAAACGGCUUUGAUGUGAGCGUUCAGUUUUUCUGUAGCUACAGCAGAUCAUAUACGGGACGUUUCCCCCAUGUACAGUUGUAAACCUGUUUGGUACAAUAUUAUAAAAAGCAGCCUAUGAA